CAAAAAAUAUGUCACAAAGGCGCCACGCUCUGGUCCUCAUCCCAAAAAUGGUGAAAAGCCCGCCAUUGAAAGCUCUCUCACUCUUCAACUCCUCAACAGUCCAAGGCCUCCAACACAGCCACCAAUCCUUGUCCUUCAUCAUACACCACCUUCUCUCUUCCAAAAUGCUACCACACGUUCAGUCUCUCAUUCAACAAAUACUCUCUGGUCGAAUCUCCUCUCCUACCUUCACUUCCUCAUCUCUUCUCCACGAUUUGACACAAAACAAUCUCAGUUUGGAUUCAACCCAUGUUCAUCUUUACGAAGCAAUCAUCAAUGCCCAUGUCCAAUGUCAAUUAACAGAGCAAGCACUCUUCUAUUUCACUCAGAUGAUUGAUAAAGGUCUCGUGCCUGGACCAAACACUUUCAAUAAUCUUUUGGGUUUUCUUAUCAACUCAAAUUGUUUUGAGAAAGCUUGGUGCCUUUUCAAUGAAACAAAGGGUAAGGUUGAAGUGGAUGUAUAUAGUUUGGGGAUUAUGAUAAAUGGUUGUUGUGAGGCUGGUGAUUUGGAUAGAGGGUUUGAGCUUUUGGUUCUGUUGGAGGAGAUGGGUUGGUCUCCAAAUGUUGUCAUAUACACUACUUUGAUUGAUGGGUGUUGUAAGAAUGGAGAUAUUGAGCGGGCCAAGGAGUUGUUUUGUAAAAUGGGAGAGCUUGGUUUGGUUGCUAAUCAAUACACUUACACGGUGUUGAUCAAUGGGUUUUUCAAGAAAGGGCUAAAGAAGGAUGGGUUUGAGCUGUAUGAGGAAAUGAAGCACAAUGGGGUGUUUCCUAAUUUAUAUACUUACAAUUGUUUGAUUAAUGAAUAUUGUAGUGAUGGAAGAACAAGUGAAGCUUUUGAACUGUUUGAUGAAAUGCGUGAAAGAGGGGUGGUUUGUAAUGUUGUUACAUACAACACGUUGAUUGGUGGGUUGUGUCGAGAGAGGAGGGUUUGGGAGGCUGAGAAGUUGGUGGAUCAAAUGAAAAGCGUUGGUAUUAGUCCAAAUGUAAUUACAUGUAACAUGCUGAUAGAUGGGUUUUGUAAGGUUGGAAAGUUGGACAAAGCUUCAAGUUUAUUUGAUCACUUGAAGUCAUUUGGUCAAUCUCCAACACUGGUGACAUACAAUGUUCUAAUUGCAGGUUUCUGUAGAGCUGGAAAUUUUGUCCAAGCUGCUGACUUUGUUAGGGAGAUGGAGGAGAGAGGAAUUUCCCCUUCUAAAGUGACAUAUACUAUUUUAAUUGAUGCCAUUGUUCGGUCAGAUAACAUGGAAAAAGCAUUUCAGAUAUACUCUUCCAUGGAGAAGGCGGGUUUGGUUCCAGAUGUUUAUACAUACGGUGUCUUAAUACAUGGGUUAUGCAUGAAAGGUAAUAUGAAGGAAGCCUCAAAGCUGUUUAAAUCAAUGAGAGAGAAGCAUUUAGAGCCAAAUGAUGUGAUAUAUAAUACGUUGAUUCUUGGUUACUGCAAGGAGGGUAGCUCUUACAGGGCACUAGGGUUGCUUAAAGAAAUGGGUGAGAGUAGACUAAUUCCAAACGUGGCAACCUACAGUUCAACUAUUGGAGUUCUUUGCAAGGAUGGGAAGUGGAUUGAGGCUGAAGUCCUACUUAAAGCGAUGAUAGAGUCGGGUUUAAAACCAUCGAUUUCUAUCUACAAUAUGAUUUCUAAAGCCAAGAAUGAUACAUGAUUCAAGUCUUCAGGCACUCAUUCAGACAUGGAUAUUGAAGGAAAUGUGAAAUGUGAAGACAAAGAUAUGAAGAUGCUGUUUUAGCCCAAACUGACUACUGUUGCAAAGAGGUUAAAUUGCCAUAAUUCAGUGUAGCUUCUAACUGUAAAGAAUGGCUCUGCUUGUCUUUGCAUGCCUGGUUCGAAUACUGAAGCGCAUAUGCUUGGUCAUUGUAAUAUUUAUGUAAUUUCCUUUUUUAUUACGUAUUUUUGCUUUGAUUGUUGUCUUUAUACAGUGUAUAACUAACUUCAUAGCAUAUAUGCAGCAUGAUCUCACUAUUUGACAACAUAGGACAGAACAAUCGUGGCCCUGUAAACUCAUUGCCCAUUUCACAAUUAAAGUAUAUGGAUUAGGGAUUCCCCAUCAGUGUCAUUCUCUUUCUGGUUCAAAGACCCUUUAAUAUAUAUAUAUAUAUAUAUAUAUACUUGUCUGUACCUUCCAUAAUUUGGUUGGUUCUUGCCUUACUUUUGAAAUUGGAUGACUGGUAUUGCCGAGAAUUUUAUGAUGUUUGCCUUUUGUGUGCACCACAUAUGGUUUACCUCAAAGGCUGCAUUGCCAAGCAAUCUUCAGUAUGCCUGCAAUUGCCUUAGUUGAAACUCAUUCCUAUCU